UUUUUGUUUUAUGUUGACAUUUUGUAACUACAGUAACUUGGUCCGUGUUUGACAACAGCUUCCUACAAGAUGAACAUUACUGUGCAGCAAGCUUUCCCGAUGAUAAGAAAUGUGCAUUGGCUGCGAGUUAAAAGUCAGCAUUAUGGCAGACAAAUUAGAUAUUUUGGAGCCUGCUGUAGUAUUGGGAAGUAUAACCUACAAAAGAAGAUGUCAUUGCCAGUCACACCACAGACUACAUCAAGUGCACUAAUAUUGAUGCAAUACCCUGAUGUUGCAAGCAUUGGAAAUUCUAUGUAUUCGUCUGUCACUGGUAGUGAAAUGACAGAAAAAGAAGUUAAAAGGGCUGUUGAUGAUAUAUCUGAGAAAUUUGCAGAAGCUAUGGAGUUAAUGAAUGAUGCAAGGUCAUCAUUGGGAACUGUUUACUUUUCUGAGGACGUACUAGACACCCAAGCACAGGUAAAAGAAACCCUUGAUGACUACACUAGUUUAUUGUCAAAGCUGAACGAGAAGCAGAAAAGGACUGUCAUCCAAUCCAUAGGUUUAAAAAUGGAAGAGCUCAAAGCCCAGAUGUCUCUGCUAGAAGACCUUGCAAAAGAAUAGAGGUUUUAAAAAUGGGAAAGUGAGGGAAUCUAAUGAUUAAGUUCUUAUGUAACUGGCUGUAGAAUGGUUGUUUUAUUGUUGAUUUUUUAUUGAUGCAGUGCAGUCGAUGAAUUUUAAUGGCCACAUGAAAUAAUGGAUAUACUGUAAUACAUGUACUGUAUUUAUAUAUUUGGUAAGUCGAUUCUGCCUUCUGCUUUGUAAUAUAUGUAGAGUUGCAGCCUAUGUAUAAAGUCUCUUGUUAUAUUAAUUGUUUUGUAUAAAAUAAAUUAAUUUUUAUGGAAA